UACUUUUGGUUUCUUGAAUCUUGUAUACUAUCUGUAUUGUAUGAUGUAUUAAUAUAGAUUAUUCAGUGUUGAAAAAAAUUUGUUCAGAAUCUAGUUCAUAUUUUCAAUUAUUUUGCAAUGGCUUCAGAAAAACAACAAACUGUUUUGCCCGAAGAAGAAUAUUUAGAGAAUAUAGGUAAAAUAAUUGAAAGAGAUUUUUUUCCCGACCUAGAAAAAUGGAAAGCACAAAAAGAUUACUUAGAUGCAGUUCAGCAAAACGAUACAAAAAAAUUAAGAGAGAUAUUUGAAAAGUAUAGUUUGAGUAAACGAAUGCUUACUGAACGACCUGAUGCUAGCCCAGAUACAUUUGAAACACCACAACCAAUUAAAGGACCAUUGAGUAGUAGAACUGUUGAUCCAUCAGAUUUAGAAAGUGGGAAACAUGAUGAUUCUAAUUCUAAAAAUACUGAUAAUAUUGGGUUAGACACAUUUUUAAGCAAUACUACAAGUGAAGAUAAUCAUAGUUUUAAUGAAAUCAUUAAAGAAGCAGAAAUUCAGUUCCAAAAAAAGAAUUCAUGGUUAUUUGAUGGUGAAGUAAAAGCUUUAGAAAUGGUUGAUAAACUUGAAGUACCUUCAAUUGAAAAUCAAGCUGCUAAUACUGAUCGACCAUUUCAUUUAGAUUCAUGGACAUUUAAAAAUAAAAAUUAUAUAAUGUAUGUUCCUGAUGGAGUUAAGUUGACUAACAAAGAACUUAUAAAUAUGGCGUCUAAACGACAAAAAAUUGAUCACUCUAACACUAGACUUCGAUUAAACCCAUUUGAUGAACAACACAAUAAACAACAAUUAUGUAGUUUAGCACACAUGCAAACUAAACAGUUAGAUGGCAAAAUUGGAGUUGAUGGCAAAGAAUUAACAUCUUCUACUCCUAAAAUAAAUGGAUAUGGUUUUGUUAAGACUCCAUCCCCUGCACCUGGUGUUAAUCAAAGUCCUUUGAUGACUUGGGGAGAAAUUGAAGGUACACCAUUUCGUUUAGAUGGUAGUGAAACUCCAUUAACUCCUCACAAUUCUGGUCCGAUUUUCAAAAUACCUGAACAGCCCAAACGUGAAAGAUUAGCUCAUGCACUUGCAGAAAAAGCUAGCGAAGGUCAUAGGAACAAAAAAAUUAAAGCCUUAGAGACAGCCAGAAAACAACUAUCAACACCUUCCCCAUCUCAUUUGAUAAAUAGUCCAUUGGAUCGAUUAAAUUCUAUGUCACCAGCUGCUCAAAAAUUAGUAUGUAAUCGUUUGAGUAGUGAUAGAAGCAGAGAUGCUGCUUUAAGAGCAUCCUAUAGUCCAUCACCCCGUACAACUCCAUCUAGAUCACCUUCCAUUUCAGGAUUAAAAGGUGAUAUUAAAAGAUCUACACCAACCCAUCAGAAAAAAUCGUAUGAAGUACCUAAAAAUCUUACUGAUAACUUGUUAAAUAUUAAUGUUACAAAACGCUCUAGAGCUAUAGACUUUUUUUAAAUAAUUUUAAUAAAAUAUUUAUGUAU